ACAAAGACCGCGAGGUAAAAAAUGAAAUCCCAAAACCCUUGAAAUUUCGAAAUUUGAAGUUACCUUCGUUCAGUUUUGGAAAAUGAAAUCCCAAAACCCUUGAAAUUUCGAAAUUUGAAGUUACCUGAAGCCUUCAGUUUGGGAAAAUGUCCGAAAUCCAAAAGCCCUGAAACAUUCAAAAAACUCGAAAAGAGAAACACAAGAAGCGCCAACUCUCACUUUCAAAUAACUGAAAUGGCGCUCGCCGCAAUCUACAAAGCCCUCUUUUCCCUCAACCCCCCAAACCCCUCUCUCCUCCUCUCUCUCUCUCUGAGCCCCGAAGCCAGACCGAGCUUCAAGUGGGUCUACCUCUGACCAUGGCGGAGCAAGAGACCAGCGUGCGCGUCACGCGCGCGGCGAAGAAGAGGGCCGCGACUGCCACGGCCGACGAGCAGGCGCCGACCAAGAAAAGAGUGGUGUUGGGGGAGCUUCCGAACUUGUCUAACGUCAUCGUUCCGGCGAACCCCGGUUCUGGCGCCGGGCCACAGAAGCCGAAAUGCAAAACGAAGACAAAGAAGGUCACGAAAUCCGCGACGACGGCGGCUGUGAAGCCCGCGUGUACAGCGGAAAAAGACACGAAUUCCAAGCCGGAUGAUCCGCAGAUGUGCGAGCCUUAUGUUUCCGAGAUUUACGAGUAUCUUCACAAGAUGGAGGUGGAUCCGGAAAGAAGACCGUUACCUGUAUACAUUGAAAGGGUUCAGACGGAUAUCAAUUCUCAUAUGAGGGGUAUACUUGUGGAUUGGUUGGUGGAAGUUGCAGAGGAGUACAAGCUUGUUUCAGACACUUUGUAUCUCUCCGUUUCCUAUAUUGAUAGAUUCCUGUCUUCGAAUUCUCUGAACAGGCAGAAGCUUCAGCUACUGGGUAUUUCUGCAAUGCUUAUUGCCUCAAAGUAUGAAGAGAUUAGUCCUCCUCACGUGGAAGAAUUUUGUUACAUAACGGAUAAUACUUAUACGAAGGAAGAGAUGGUGAAGAUGGAGGCUGAUGUACUCAAGUCCCUGAAGUUUGAAAUGGGCAGUCCUACAAUAAAGACUUUCCUAAGACGAUUCACUAGAGUUGCUCGAGAGAGUCACAAAACUUCCAAUCUUCAGUUGGAAUUCCUUGGUUCCUACCUUGCAGAGCUAAGUUUAUUAGAAUAUCACUGUGUAAAAUUUUUGCCUUCUUUGGUUGCUGCAUCUGUUAUGUUUGUGGCAAGAUUUAUGAUCCGGCCAAAAAUGCAUCCUUGGUCUUCAGAGCUGGAAAUUAACUCUGGGUAUAAACCAGCUGAUUUAAAGGAAUGUGCUCUUCUUAUACAUGACUUGUAUCUGAGUAGAAGAGGUGGUUCUCUCCAAGCUGUAAGAGAGAAAUACAAGCAGCAUAAGUUCAAGUGUGUGGCAACCAUGCCUUCACCUCCAGAAAUACCAGCUUCUUAUUUUGAAGAUGUUAGAGAAUGACAGGUAGAUUGGCAGUGAGGACACGGGUUUUCAAAGAAUUAGUUAAGAUUUAGAUGCUUGAGAAGACCUUGCAAACUAGGAAGGAAAUGAGUGUUCUAACCGAAGAUUGGAUUUUUGUUGCUGUGUUUAGUCAUGAUUGAUGGAGGCUCUACGGAGUGAACAUCUAGCCAUGCUGCAGUGAUCUGAUUCUUGGUGAUUUCCAUUUUGUAUCUGAAGCUUUGGUAACACAAAGCCCCACUAACACUAGUUGGUUUUUUUUUUUUUUCAAAUCUCUUUACAAGGGAGAUGAUUUGUAAAUCUUUUUUUGUAGUUGGUUGAUCAUUUUGGUAAGCUGAUUUUUCUUGUAAUCAAAUUACUGAAAAUAAUAUUUAUCAGCCGCUAAAAUGGAUUGA